UAAUCGGAACCCGAACCAGGUCCAGUCCUGUUCAUCACCACUCCCAUCUCUAGUUCCUCCCCGGCGUGAUCCCGACGCCUGCCCCGUUACCAUCCCUUUCCCCUCUCUCCGCCCACACACUCAUUUGCUCUCACGGUACUUUCCUUUACAAUGCUUCUCGGUCUCCUUUUCCUCGUUCUCCUCGCAGUGGUUCACGCGGCGCACGCACAUCCAAUCGUUCGAAAGCGUGCGGCAGGCAACAAUGCUACAGCCGAGCUCCUCUCAACAUUACAGACAAUGGGUCUGACGAAGCUGCACGAUGCCUUCGUGUCUCACCCUGCCAUUCUACAGACCGCGUCGGCGUCUCCAGGGCAAAAGACACUCCUGGCGCCAUCAGACGCGGCGGUGCAGGCUUUCCCAAGCUGGGCCACGUCGAAUGCGAAUCUGUUUGAAUCGACGCUGCUCAUGCACUUUCUCAACGGGUCAUUCGAUCUCAGCCAAUUGCAGGCUGGGCCCAGGCACACGGUUGGACAUUCGCUGGUCACCAGUCCAGCUUAUGCAAAUCUUCCAGGCGGCAACGGACAGGCUGUGGCGUUGUACAGCGCUCGAGCUGGCUCAAAGAAUCGCUAUGUCCAGGAAGGCGUUAACAACGAUAUGUUUAUCGAUGCUUCGACAGAAGUGGGCGAUUACUUCAUUCAGCCCAUCAACCAAGGGAUGACCAUACCGGGCAACGCGACGUUCACCCUGGGCUUCAUUGGUGGACACCAGCUGCUCUCCAAAAUGCUGCUCGCAGACUCUGCACUAGCAAGCACAAUCGACAACAUGCGAGGCUCGACGAUCUUCGCUCCGACGACUCGCGCUCUUCGCGCUUAUCUAGCCACUUCUCCGUCGAACGAGUCUCUCUCGACCGUCAUUAAGAACCACCUCGUGCUUAACCGUGCGGUCUACUCUCCCUUGCUCGACGGUCAAGGAAGCCUCAUCAGCGCCAGUGGGCAGGACAUCAGCUUUGACGCCGGGUCCAACACUAUUCGGCUUGGUCAAGAUUCUGCAAAGGUGACGCAGUACGAUAUUAUGCACCGCGGAGGUGUGAUCCACCUGAUCGACGCUGUCUUUUCGAGCACCACCUUGGACCAGGCUAGAGCGGAUCAGGCGGCGCAGUCAGCGCAGGCUUCUGCAGACCCGUACAUCGCAGGACCUGUAUCCGUGGAGAACGCCGCCUCGUCGCAGGGCAGUGACGUGCCAGCUGGCGGAGCGGCACGCAAUUCGACGAUACAGGCGAUCAAUGCGGGCAACUCUUCGACAUCCGACAGUGGAAGUUCGUCAGGAGCGUCAAAGGGAGGUGGGACUGGGUCCUCCUCGUCUUCAGGCAAAUCAUCUUCGGCGGGCAUGCUCGGCUUGCCCGCUUUCACCCUCUUUUCUGCCAUUCUUUUGCCCUCUACCCUCCUGUCCCUUUAGAAGAUCUGUAUCCAUCCCACGCUGUAUCAUAUGCCGUCGCUACCGAGGAGAAGCAUUGAGUCUGAUAUAUUUUGCUCACUUGAAGACAUCGACAAGAAGAGAGGAUGAUGUGUAUGAAAGACUUUGCGAGAAGUAAU